AUGAAGCCCCCAAAGUCACUCCUCAGCCGCCUCCCAGGCAUACGCUGGACACCAUCCGACAUUCCCUCCACCGACUCGUCAUCGUCAAAGCCUAAAUCGCGGAAUCCGUUCUCGCUCAAAGCUUCUCCGCCAGAGCACGGGACCGUACGCCCACGCGCUUCCACCAUCAGUCUAACGUCCGAGCCAGAUGUUGACAUGGAUGCGCGCACGCACGCGCAGAGCCAGAGCGACUUCUUCACGCGGCUUCCUAUUGAGCUAAGAAGAAUGGUGUAUGAGUACGUCAUGGGCGCAGAGAUAGUGCAUCUGACCUUGAGUACCAAAAAGAAGCGGUUUGGCCAUUUCCUCUGCGACAGCGAGGGAGACGGCGGGAGAGAGUACAUGUGUCGCGUGCUGGUGUUUGGGAAGAAGGGCGCGAGGCUGUACAGUGGCGGGCCGACUGUAUUGAGGGCUUGCAGGCGCAUGUACUCCGAAGCGAUUUCAUACCUGUACCGCGCGCACACCUUCUCCCUCCUCCAUAUCACGCAUCUACUCUACCUCCCUGCUUCGAUCCCACAACCGCGCCUCAAUUCGAUUCGCACACUACAUCUUCGCUGGGCUAUUCGCGCGCUGCCUUACAUGAGUCGCGGUCCGUCGAAUCGCGUUGUGUACCGCGAUGACACGGCGAAUUGGGAGAAAGCGUGGCAGAUAAUAGCGAAUAUGCAAGGACUGCGGCAUCUUCGGGUGACUUUGAUGGAUCCUAGCCCGCAAUGGCUCUGGCAGAGUGAAUGGCUGGACCUAGAAGAUACGCUGCUGGAUAGCGUGAGGAUGGUGACGAAGCCACGCGACGCUAUAGUAGUGCUGCCGUAUCCGAGUUGUAGGACGGACUGGGAUAUGGGGGAGAGCACUGUGAAGUUGAGGAUAUUUGGUAACGCAAGUAAUGUUGGGGAUGAUGCGGGUUGA